UUAUGUUGGAAAAGCUCCGCCUGAGUGCCUGGAAGAAAACCUCAGUCAGUGCCGAAGAGAAGGAGAAAGAAGCGAGAGACGCCCCCAAAAUGUUUGAGAACAAUGUGCCAUCUGUGACCAAAGGAGUGAAAUUCGCUCUCCCUCUGGACUCCAGAAGAAGCAGCUGUGCAGCAGCCAUGAGACGAGGCUCCAGAGACACUCAGGGAGCUACAGCGAUGAAGAGCAGCCUGAGGAGGCCAUCAGGCUGCGGACCCUCCUCCUCUUUCCUCCUCCUCUUCCUCCUCCUUGCUGCCUGUCAGAAGGUCGACUCCUGCCAGCUCGAGUCAGGACACAUCCCCAAAUCAAGAAUCCUCCAGCAGCAGCAGCAGCUCUCCCGUGAGAGACGUGACAAUGCAAUCCCUACCUCAAGAGCCAGAGUGCAGCGAGGCCCACGAGCCAGAAUCUGAUCAGGUCAUUACACACCCCGAUGGGAAGACAGAGACGGUUCUGGCCGGAGGCGAUCGUCUCUUCGUCUUCCCCAACGGGACGAAGAAGGAGGUCUCAGCGGACGGACUGACGGUCAAAGUCACGUUCUUCAACAGAGACACCAAGGAGGUCACAGCCGACCAGAGAGUGAUCUAUUACUACGCCGAGGCUCAGACGUCACACAUCACAUACCCAGAUGGUAUCGAGGUGCUGCACUUCCCCAACAACCAGACUGAAAAACUUUUCCCAGACGGCCGUAAAGAAAUCACGUUCCCAGACCAGACUGUGAAGAACCUGUUUCCCAACGGCCGGGAGGAGAGCGUUCUGACGGACGGGACCGUCAUUCAGGUCAACUCAAAGGAUCAGGAGACCGACACGGUGACUAUCAAAGGGACUAGCCAGCAGCAGCCAGCAGCAGCCAUUGAUAUGAUGAUGAUUAAAUGUGCUGUUUUUAGGAACAUCCAUGCCAAAUACAUUGGAAUUCAAAUAAACAUUGAAUAG